AUGUCUGGAAUCCCCGUCCCCUUCGGCGAUAUCGCUAAGCCAGCAAACGAUCUCCUCAACAAGGAUUUCUACCAUACCACUGCUGCCAACCUUGAAGUCAAGUCCAAGGCACCCAAUGGCGUCGUUUUCAACGUCAAGGGAAAAGCUGCCCAUGAUGGUCCUACCUCUGGCUCGGUGAGCACCACAAUCAGUAAAAAGAAUCUCAGAAUAUCACAUGUUAACGGUAGGGGAAAGAUUGAAGGCAAAUACAGCGACAAGGCCACUGGCUUGACCCUCACACAAACAUGGACCACAUCCAACAGCCUCGACACCAAGCUCGAGCUUGAGGACAACCUGACCAAAGGCCUCAAAGCCGAGGUCUUGACCAACUACCUGCCCGCGAAGAAGACAUACGGCGGCAAGCUCAACCUGCUGUACAAGCAACCCAACAUCCACACCCGCCUGUUCACCGACCUCUUCAAGGGCCCCACCGCCACCUUCGACGUCACCUUGGGCCACGAGGGCUUCCUCAUCGGCGCUGAAGGUGGCUACGAUGUCGGCAAGGCCGCCAUCACCAAGUACGCUCUCGCCGCCGGUUACAGCCAGGGCUCCUACGCCGCCGCCGUCACUGCCACCAACAACCUGAGCAUCUUCUCUGCCAGCUACUACCACAAGGUCAACGCUGAGGUCGAGGCCGGUGCAAAGGCCACUUGGGAUUCCACGGCAGGAAGCAACGUCGGUCUUGAAGUUGCAAGCAAGUACAAGCUCGAUCCCAGCUCGUUCGCAAAGGCCAAGAUCAACGACCGCGGUAUCGCCGCUCUUGCAUACAACGUCAAGCUCGGCACCGGCGUCACCCUCGGCCUCGGCGCCUCGCUCGACACCCAGAACCUGAACCAAGCAGCCCACAAGGUCGGCGCUUCCUUCACCUUCGAAGGAUAG